AUGAAAUUUCCUUAUUAUUAUUAUGAUUAUGAUGAUGACGACUUUGCCGGUUGUGGCGAUCACGUGAUCCCCCCCCCAACCAAAGCUCCGGCAUUACUCAGUGUUACGCGGAAAAAGAAGUCACGUGACGCGCCUGAUCGAAAGAAGAAAGACAAAAUGUCACUUCUUAGUAUUCUUAAUGCCGCCGGUCUUAGCUUAGAUAAAAUAAUGGAAUAUUUGUGGCAAGCCGUAGAUUAUUUUCGGGAAUAUCCAUCGCUGCCUAUUUUGUGUGUCUUUGGAGCUACCUACCUCGCUUAUUACCUGCUUUACGUCGGCAAGAAACCCCAACUUGUCUGCGGUGAUGAAAAAUUAUUAAAGUUUAUUACAAAACAUUGUCCAAUUUUGAAUGAGAAGUUUUGGCCAACAUUUUGGUGCUUUGAGUCGCGUGCACAGACAAUUGUGAGAACAAUUUUAAAAUCAUCUCCAAACAUUCCAUACCAAAGUGAAAUUUUGAGAACUUGUGAUGGUGGGCGUAUCCAAAUUGAUUGGCUAGAAAAUCAAAACACAAUUCACCCAGACCCAGCCAAACGUCCUACUAUUGUUUUAUUACCAGGAUUAACUGGAAACAGCCGAGAGACGUAUGCCCUUCAUAUUGUUCAGCAAGCAGCUAUUCUAGGAUACAGAUCUGUAGUUUUUAAUUAUCGUGGGACAAGUACAAAGGAAGAUAAACUUUUGACACCACGAACUUACUGUGCAACUGACACAGAAGAUUUAGAUACUGUUGUGAAACAUGUUAAAAAUAGAUACCCAGAAGCUCCCUUAUUUGGUGUUGGCAUUUCACUUGGUGGCAUGAUUAUGACGGGUUAUUUAGCCAAGUUUGGAGAGAAUGCCAGCUUUCUGGCAGCCAUGGCUGUAUCAGCAGCUUGGGAUUCUUUUGAAUCCUCCAAAACUUUGGAGCAGCCAAUCAACUACCUCUUGUUCAAUAAAUAUUUAGCCAGAAACCUUGUCAAUUUGGUUCACAAAAAUAUUGAAUUAUUUGAGCAUCACUUUGAUAUGGAUUAUGUAAUGAAGAGUCAGACAAUAAAAGAAUUUGAUGAUCGAUUCACAGCUAAACUGUUUGGCUAUGGUAGUUGGGAGAAAUACUACCAAGAUGCCUGCCUCCAUGACAAAUUACACUUGAUCAAGAUUCCUCUGCUCUGUCUCAAUGCUGCUGAUGAUCCUUUCUCGCCUCAUCAUGCCAUUCCUGUUAGCCAAGCGAAAAAGAAUAAAAAUGUUGCCUUUGUUAUCACUUCCCAUGGAGGCCACAUAGGUUUUCUGGAGGGAAUCUUUCCACGCAAUGCUAAUUACAUGGAUCGCCUUUUUGUACAAUUUGCUGAUGCUGUCUUUAAGCACGCACACAAUGAUCUGAAAAAGGAUUAA